CGUCCUCCGGGCGGCUUCCCACCCCGCCCCCCCGCGGCUCCGGGUGACGCGUCUCCAGCAGCAGCUCGCCGGGAGCCGUCGCUGCGGGCUCCGCCGGUGCCGGAGCGCCUCCGCGCCAGCCCGGCCGCCGGCAUGAGGGCCGAGGGCGACGGCGGCCUGGAGCGCUUCUGCAGCCCGGGCAAGGGCCGGGGGCUGCGCGCCCUGCAGCCCUUCCAGGUGGGGGACCUGCUCUUCUCCUGCCCGGCCUACGCCUACGUGCUCACGGUCAACGAGCGGGGCAACCACUGCGAGUUUUGCUUCGCCAGGAAAGAAGGAUUGUCCAAAUGUGGAAGAUGCAAGCAGGCAUUUUACUGCAAUGUGGAGUGUCAGAGAGAAGAUUGGCCCAUGCACAAGCUGGAAUGUUCUCCCAUGGUUGUUUUUGGGGAAAACUGGAAUCCCUCAGAGACUGUAAGGCUAACUGCAAGGAUUCUGGCCAAACAGAAAAUCCACCCGGAGAGAACACCUUCAGAGAAAUUGUUAGCUGUGAAGGAGUUUGAAUCACAUCUGGAUAAAUUAGACAAUGAGAAGAAGGAUUUGAUUCAGAGUGACAUCGCUGCUCUCCAUCACUUUUACUCCAAGCACCUCGAGUUUCCCGACACUGAUAGCCUGGUAGUUCUCUUUGCACAGGUUAACUGUAAUGGCUUCACCAUUGAAGAUGAAGAACUUUCUCAUUUGGGAUCAGCAAUAUUUCCUGAUGUUGCACUGAUGAAUCAUAGUUGUUGCCCCAAUGUCAUUGUGACCUACAAGGGGACCCUGGCAGAAGUCAGAGCUGUACAGGAAAUCCACCCAGGAGAGGAGGUUUUUACCAGCUACAUUGAUCUUCUGUACCCAACAGAAGAUAGGAAUGACCGGUUAAGAGAUUCUUAUUUCUUCACCUGUGAGUGCCGGGAGUGCACCACCAAAGACAAGGAUAAGGCCAAGGUGGAAAUCCGGAAGCUCAAUGAUCCCCCAAAGGCAGAAGCCAUCCGUGACAUGAGGGUGAAGCCCUCCUUGCCGCUGGGGCCUUGGGAAGCCUCAGAGCUGAGCAGCCAGGCCUGUCCUUUCCUUGACUCCAGAGCACCCCCUAGUGAGCUGCUAGAGAUCUGUGAGCUCAGCCAGGAGAAGAUGAGCUGUGUGUUUGAGGACAGUAACGUGUACAUGCUGCACAUGAUGUACCAAGCCAUGGGCGUCUGCUUGUAUAUGCAAGACUGGGAAGGAGCCCUGCGGUAUGGAAAGAAAAUCAUCCAGCCCUACAGUAAGCACUAUCCUCUGUACUCCCUCAACGUGGCCUCCAUGUGGCUGAAGCUAGGAAGACUGUACAUGGGCCUAGAGAACAAAGCUGCUGGGGAGAGAGCCCUGAAGAAGGCCAUCGCCAUCAUGGAAGUAGCUCAUGGCAAAGACCAUCCAUACAUUUCUGAGAUCAAACAGGAAAUUGAAAGCCACUGAAACUAUGCUGACAUUUUAGUUUUUACUUAAAUCCUAGACUGUUUCAAAUCAAACACGUCAUGCCAGCAUUUCUGUAAACUCAUUGGAAUGAAAACACGACUUGCACUUAAACCUUAUACAUGGCUUACUUGGAUGUUGGUCUUAAUCUUUAACCUUAAUAUCAAAAUAAUUUCUGAAUGCUUUUUUUUCCCCUAAGAGAUAAUGGCAUGGUUUCAUAUAUUAUAAUAUACUUCGGACAGAUUGCAUUUAAAAAUGCAGUUAUUUUUCCCUUCAUGCCUACUGUAAUGUUCUGAACAAAGCUGAAUGAUGAAAGAGAAUAAAAAAGAUAAUAUUAUUUGAA